AUGAUUGGUGGUCUGUUUAUAUUCAAUCAUGAUGGAGAGGUUCUGAUCUCUCGUAGCUAUAGAAAAGGGAUAGGAUGGAAAGCCAUCGACGCCUUCCGUGUCAAUGUCAUCCACUCCAGGCUCCCCGUGCGUUCUCCAGUCACUUACAUUGCUGGUACCAGCUUUUUUCACAUCAGGCGCUCAAAUGUUUGGCUGGCAGCUGCUACCAAGCACAACAUAAGUGCCACCAUGGUCUUUGAGGUUCUCUACAAGAUGUGUGACAUCAUGACAGACGUUUUCACAAAGAUCAAUGAAGAAAAUGUUAAGAAAAACUUUGUCCUCAUCUACGGGCUGCUGGAUGAAAUUCUGGACUUUGGCUAUCCCCAGCAUUGUGGCCCCGAAGAGCUGAAGAACGUAGUCCUCCAGCACGAAAGCAAGGAAGAGCAGACGCAAACCUAUAGCCAUGAGGAAACCGGUCACUGUCUGGGAAGGCGUGAUAUUGUGAAAUACCGACGCAAUGAGAUUUACAUAGAUGUACUGGAAAGUGUUAACCUGCUAAUGUCUCCUAGAGGUCAAAUUCUAAACGUCAACGUCUUUGGCAGAGUGGUAAUGAAGUGCUUUCUGAAUGGGCUACCGAUCUGUAAAUUAGGAAUCAAUGAGCGGACAGACAUCGCCUUACAGGAGACUGAAUCUUCAAAUGAAACUAGAAGGAGAAGAAGGAAGAAGACUGUCACCAUUGACCACUGCUCCUUUCACCCAUGUGUGCGGCUGUUGGCGUUUGACACCUUCCGGACCAUCGUCUUCAUGCCUCCAGAUGGACAGUUCGAGCUCAUGAGGUAUCGCACCUCCCUUAAUGUCAUUUUACCUUUUCGCCUGAUUCCUUGGGUGCGAGAGGUGGACAGAACGAAAGUUGAAAUCCGAGUUAUUAUAAAGUGUAACUUCAGGCCCUCUCUGCGAGCCCAGAAAGUGGAAAUCCGAAUUCCAACUCCUCUGAACACCAGUGGAGUGCAUAUCAUGUGCAUGAAGGGUAAGGCAAAGUACAAGGCCAGCGAGAAUGUCAUUGUCUGGAGGUUUAAUAAGAUAGCUGGCCUAAAGGUGUCACAGUGCAGUGCCGAUAUAGAUCUCCUUCCUAUGAAAGAGUCCAAGAAGUGGGUGCAGCCACCCGUCUCGAUGAGUUUUGAGGUUCCGUUUGCCCCUUCUGGCAUGAGGAUACACUACUUGAAUGUUUCAGAGGCAAGGCUCAAUUACGCUGAACAAGAAGUGAUCAAGUGGGUGCGUUACCAUGGACAGAGUGGCAUUUAUGAGACCCGGUGCUCCUACCUGGAUGUAAAUGGCCGGAGAAAAGAAGAACCUGACUUUUGCUGCCAUGCUUAA